AUGGAGGCCGCUUCAGCAAGGGCGGCGGCGAGGGAUCGCUGGACCGAGUUUGGCCAUGCCCCGUCACAGCUUCAGCGCUUCAUCCAAGGCGCCUGCAGCCCCGAAAACUACGAGCCGAAUCUGGCCCUGAGUCUGGAGAUUGCCGAUCUGAUCAACAGCAAGAAAGGCUCGGCCCCUCGUGAAGCAGCCACCAUGAUGGUCAGCUACAUCAACCACCGAAACCCCAAUGUCGCCCUCCUCGCUCUCAGCCUCCUCGAUAUAUGCGUCAAGAACUGCGGCUAUCCCUUCCACCUGCAGAUCAGCACCAAGGACUUUCUCAACGAGCUGGUGCGCAGAUUCCCUGAGCGACCCCCUAUGCGCGCAACCAGGGUUCAGGCCAAAAUUCUCGAGGCCAUCGAAGAAUGGCGCGUCACCAUCUGCGAAACCAGCCGCUACAAGGAGGACCUGGGCUUUAUUCGCGACAUGCAUCGCCUUCUGAGCUACAAGGGCUACAUGUUUCCCGAAAUCCGACGAGAAGAUGCUGCUGUUCUGAACCCGAGCGACAACCUGAAAUCGGCCGAGGAAAUGGAGGAGGAGGAAAAGGAAGCCCAGUCGGCAAAGCUUCAAGAGCUCAUUCGCCGCGGCUCACCCGAAGAUCUUCGAGAAGCAAACCGCCUCAUGAAAGUAAUGGCCGGCUACGACACCCGAUCGAGAACCGACUACCGCGCCAAGGCGGCAGAAGAGGUGGCCAAGAUUCAAGCCAAGGCCAGGCUGCUGGAAGAGCGGCUCGAGGCCUUCAAGCCGGGGGACGUCAUGUCGGACGGGGAUGUGUUCAGUGAGCUAGCUUCAGCCCUGCAAAGCGCGCAGCCCAAGAUCCAGAAGAUGUGCGAGGAAGAGUCGGACGAUCACGAAGCCGUUGCUCGGUUACUAGAGAUCAACGACAGCAUCCAUCGGACUGCAGAACGAUACAGACUUAUGAAGCAGGGGGACAUGGAAGGGGCGGCGAGGGUUGCGGCUGGCGCACCGCCCCUACCUGCGCCCAAGCCGUCAUCAUCAUCAUCACCACCGGGUGCCGGAUCCGCAGCAAACGAACUGUCGCUGAUAGAUUUCGACGGUGACGCAGCCGGCAAUGCCGACGGAAACAACAGCGCUGCUGCUGGCGGGAGCUCGCAGGCCAACGGCUUGGAAAACGAUCUCCUGGGGCUCGACAUUGGCGGCAGCUCGAGCAGUUUUAGCCCAGAGGGCAAUAUCGCUCUUGGCUUUGGGGCUAAUCAGAACAUCCCUGGUCCGGCCCUGCUGUCGUCCGUGACACGAGACAAUAGUGCGAGCGGCAACAUGUCGAAUUUAUCCAGCUCCUUCUCGCAAUUCGCCUCCUUCACGUCGCCCGCAACCUCGCAGACGGGCACGCCGCAGCCGUCGCUCCAGGAGCAGCCAAGGCCGCCCGCCCAUCAUCCAGCCCCAGCCGACCCGUUUGCCUCUCUGCAGCUUACCUCGACGUCGACGCCUCAGCAAUCAGCGCCAACUGUAUCCAACGACGACGGCGACGACGAGUGGAGCUUCUCCUCGUCUCUUCCUCCUCCACCAGCGGCGGACAAACCCAGAGAGCACAGAGGCACCAUCAACGAAUCUCAGCUGCGCAUCGACUUUUUGGCCAACCGUGGUGGCUCCGGCCCCCGAUCCAUCCCCAUCACCAUGACCUUUUCCUUUUCCAACAACUCGGCCCAGGCCCUCACUGGACUCCACUUCCAGCUUGCCGUCACCAAGGGCUACGAGCUACAGCUCACCCCCCAGACUGGUCGCGACCUCGCCCCCAAGCAGAGCCGCGGAAUCACCCAGCACGUCCAGGUAUGGCACGCUGGCAAUCGCUCUCGAAAAGUAGACUCUGUCAAGCUGAGGUGGAGGGCGACGUACCAGGUCGCCAACGAGCAGAAGAACGAAACGGGCGAGAUUCCCGAGGUUAGCAUUGCAUGA